AUGUUAAACCUUGAAUACGCGACGUUUACCGAACUGCCCGUAGUACACUCCUUGGUCGUGCUUCUUCCCGCAACUUUCGUGGUCCUCUACGGCUGCCUGUGGCUUCACGAGCGCUACUCCAGCCGGACCGCCUCCACGUCGGAAGAUGUGAAGCAGCUCUCCGAUGCCUCAGCUUCUGGAUCCGGCGCCGCUGUGCCCGCAGGCGGCGGCGACGCUUCAGCUGCGGCGCCGAAGGCGCCGGCAGCGGCGGCCGGAGGGGGUCACGGGAAGGUCCUCUCGGAACCGCUGUCGCGGACGCUGACGUCUGUGCGGGCGUUCUCGCGGGAGCUGUCGCGUCUGGGCCUUCUCAUCACGUUCGCGUACAUGUGUGAGCACCACCCGCCGUUCGCCCACGGCGAGAAGGCCCACGACAUGGACAUGUUCUGGUGCGUGGCGCUGAUGCUGUUGGUGUCGUCGGUGCUGAACGUGCGCAAGUCGAAGGGCGGGGACGUGCUCAACAGGGAGCAGACCGAGGAGUGGAAGGGGUGGAUGCAGUUCAUGUUUCUCAUGUACCACUAUUUCUCCGCGCACGAGGUUUACAACUCCAUCCGCGUGUUCAUCACGGCGUACGUUUGGAUGACCGGCUUCGGGAACUUCAGCUUUUUCUACCUCAAGGGUGACUACGGCGCGGUCCGCCUCCUCCAGAUGCUGUGGCGGCUCAACUUCCUCGUGAUCCUGCUGUGCAUGGCCAUGGGCAACACGUACAUCCUGUACUACAUCUGCCCCCUGCACACCUUCUACUUUUUCGUGGUGUACGCCAUCAUGUCGCCCGCCAAGUCGGCCAACUACACUAAGAACGGCAUGCGCUGGAAGCUGCUUGUAGCCGGCUCGAUCAUAUUCUGCGUGUGGGAUUGGGACCUCCACAUUUUCGAAAAGAUUUUCUUUUUCCUGGGGCGUGAGAAGGUCGUAGGCGCCGGCAGCGGCACCAUGUGGGAGUGGUACUUCCGUACGUCCCUCGACCACUGGUCGACCUUCCUGGGCAUGAUCUUCGCGCUCAACUACCCCGCCACGGCCCAGUGGGUGAAGAAGAUCGAGUCCCUGCCUUUCGGGCGGCAGUGGGCCAUCAAGGGCUCGGUGGCCGCCGUCCUGCUGUCGGCUACCGCCUGGUGGGCUGCGAACAUUCUCCCGCUCGAGAAGCUGGUGUACAACCAGAAGAACGCCUACUUCGGGGUGGCGAUCCCAGUGCUGACCUACAUCUACGUCCGCAACCUGACGCCCCUGAUGCGCACGCGCUACCUGGAGCCGCUGCACUCGCUCGGCAAGAUCACCCUGGAGACCUACCUCAUGCAGCACCACAUUUGGCUCACCAGCAACGCUAAGACCCUCUUGGUGGUGGUCCCCGGAAGCCCCAAGCUGAACAUGGUGAUCGUGACCGUCUGCUACGUCUUGGUGAGCCGCGAGCUCUACCGGCUGACCAUGUCACUCCGCGGAAUGUGUCUCCCGGACGAGCUCUCGGCGUGCCUCAGGAACCUGGCGGGCAUCGCCUGCACCGUCGCCGCCUGCGUGGCCGUGGCGAAGGCGCUCCUGGUGGCCGGAGCCGGCCCCGCCGCCUGCGCGUGCGUCAUCGGAGCCAUCGGGUUUGGCCUGGUCUUCGCCGUGCACAAGCUGCUGCUUGACGCCGGUAGCCGCGGCGGCGGUGGUGACCUUAGCAUCGGGGACGGAGCCGGGAGCGGCGAGGAAGUUUCCGCCUUGGCGAGCAGACCGGCGUCCUACGACGGGAAGCUACUGAACGCCUGCAACGUGCUGCCCGUGGUGGCCACCUUGCUGGUGGCGUUUGCCGGCGGGUCCGCCGUCGUGAGCUCCUCGCAAUCCUCGACGAGGGUAGACCCGUGGCACUACUCCUACUCCACUGACGUUUGCGUCGAGACGGUGAACCACGGGAUGUGGAAGGUGGAGGCAGGGCAGUGCCAAGAGCCCGGGGAGGCGACGGCGUACUGCAACAGCCACGAGUGGAAGUGGGUGGACGUGCCCGACCAGUGCCACGUCCACUACAUGCCCCCGUCGGAAGUGGAGGGAGUCCUUAAGGGACGAAACGUUGUCGUCGUCGGCGACUCCGUGAACCGAUUUGUCUACUGGGCUCUGGUCCGGAGCCUGGGGGAGGCAACGCCCAUGGCCCAUGACACGACUAUCGAGAAGCACAGCGAUUUCUCGUGGCAAGCCUCUGAUGACUCGGGCACGCGCAUCUCAUUCCUUUGGGCGCCCGAAGUGGGGGACCUCAACGAGCGGGUAACGGAGGCGCUGGAGAUGGCGGGCGUAGAUGUUAUCUUGAUCGGAGGUGGUCUCUGGGAUGCGCUGAACGGCGAAGGCGAUCUCGAAGGUUACCGGAGCGGCAUCAGCAGCGUGCAUGACAAGGUUAUUGCCCGAACUCCCUCCGACAAGGGUGUCGUGCCGACUGUGAUGUGGGUGAGCAUGACAAAGGUGAUCAACGAGCGCUUGUUGGACGACAAGAAGAGAGAGUGGCUCACAGAGCCCAAGCUCGCGGCAUACAGGGGCAUCGUGGAGUCGAGCGGGAUCUUCCACGACGUGGACGGCGUCAUUGACGGCGUCAAGCUCACCACCGGUCAGCGGAUGGAGUCGUACGACGGAGUUCACUACUCCGACCUCACAUACGACGCGUUUGCGCAGGUGGCCGUGAACCUCGUGACCCAUUUCGAGCGGACGGGGACCAUCGGCGCCGUGGACUCCCCUCCGCCCGCCGCCGGCGACACGAAGGACAUCUGGGGCAUGGGGAGCAAGGCCCUCGGGGUCAUGGUCCUCUUCCUGGCCUCGGUCAUGGUCCUUACCAGAGACGCUUUCCACGGCACUGUGCGGCUAGCCAUCGCGAUAACGUCCUUCGGCAAGCCGCCGUUCGACGCCGAGAGCAUGUCCUGGGAGGCCACGUACGGUAACCUCCUCCGCAAGAUCGGGAAGCACCCGGACGGAGGGAGCCAGCUUUCGGCGCCCUCCGCGAUCGGCGGGACGAAAGCGGCCGCCGCCGGGGGCAGCAGCAGCGGCGGUGGUAGCGGUAAUGGCGGUCGGUGGUUGCGCGAGAGAGGGAGGAGUGCCAACCGGGAUGAUGAGGAGGCGAAGAGGUCGCUGCUCGGGGACGGCGGGAGCGGGGUGGACGGCGGGAGCGGUGGCCGGGGGGGGGUGGAGAUGACGUCUACCGGCAACCACGCCGCAUGAUGAUGCGGUGAACGGCUGUGGGGGUGCUAAUGUAGUGGUAUAUGUUAGCGUGAAACACGCUUAUUUUAGGCGGGGGGUGGGGGCAGACGAUAAAUAUUUCUUGUCCGCGGGGCUUCCGUCCUCCAGCGCUGAGGCGAAGAUCGGAGCGCCGGAUUCUGUUGUUUUUCUGGCCGAAAUCGGGGUCGGGUUUUGGUGCUCGUGCAGGAAGAGCGCAAGAAGAUCAAGAGGGGGUGGUAUGACCUUGAUGAAAUAUAAAGGAGGAUCAUCACAGCCGUCUGUUGUCCAUUUUGGAAGGGAUGGUACAGAAGUGCAGCGGUUGAAUCCACCUGUUGAUGCUCGGGGCCAUGUAGACCGCACGUACCGUGGAAAUAGUAGAUGUAGUGUACCCUGCUACGAAGUAUGUAGCAAGGUGCGGGACGAUGGAUCCAGGCAGAUAAAUGCCUGGAGAUCCCUUACGGCCCUUACGGGGGGAUUACACGGGCAUUACAGGACGUACAGAAGGUGAUCAGAAACGGUGCAAGUGGGAUCCAAUGGAGCCAGAGCUCUUACGCCCCCUACCUGGGCCCGUCGUACUUGAGGCAGGCUACGUGAGUACGAUGGGCGCGGCGUUACCCCUGCUUCUUCUUGGUGUAGGUGUUCAUGCCACUGGGGUCCCCGUGAUGUCUAUCGCUUGUGGUCUUCCACCCAGCAUUAGUUGCUUUGAUUGGCAGUCUGCUUGACAAGUUUGCUUCUUUUUUUUUUUACUUCUGCUUUUUUUUUAGCAGCUUGAUUGAUAUCGUGCCUUUCUUCGUGGCUUGUGCUCUAUCUCCACAACUCGAGGGAGUACUAGAAGUCGUGGCGGCGCUGUUGUGGGAAUCUUGCUGUUUUGGCUUUGUGCUAGAGGGGACGGGUGGAUCUGUCUGGCCAUCGAUAUUUCGAGUGAGAUUGAGAUGCGUGCUGUAAAAUCAACAUUUUUUAUAAGGCCUAGGUUUUGUUUGGCGGUCGACGAAUUCGUGAGGAUGCGGUAAAGUCAGCAGUGAUGGUAAUGAGGGUGUUGUCUGGAGCGUGUGCUGCUGUGGUGCUCUGCUGAGAUGCUGAGAUGGACAACGAUAAUGUCAGGGAAUAAUACGUGCGUGAAGCGUGAAAAUUAUUAUUGUGAGCGGACAACAGGAUGCUAGAUACGGUGUACGUUUUAGUCUAGUUGAGGGAUGUGAUGGGGCUGUGGGAGUAAUAGCAAACUGUUGGGCAUGAAAAAAUUAUCCUCGAUGGGGCAAGACGGAAGAAAGUGUUACUGAGAGUGGCAGGAGGGCCAUCAGACCCCCGCUCUUCCCUCGUAUUGUAGUAACGUUUGCCGUUUCGAAGCCCGCAUCGCCACCGCGAUAAACGGGUGCGUGUGUUCCCGAUGUCGGCGUUAGUCCGCGCUGUUCCCUUUGCUAUUGUCCUGUCUGUUGGGUCCCCUCCGGUGCAAGUCAAGAUCCUUGCUCGGUGAAAAGCAUGCAUUUUUUUGUAUUUUUUUUUUUUUUGUCAUCCCGUUCGUGCUGGGCGUCGGUGUUUGACACUUUUUCCGACCAGUUCCUGGACGCACCACCCGCGGGGGUCGUCACACCACAGGAAGUUGCGCAACCGUCAAUGAUUGAUUGUGUGGAAGAGGUGGCCCUUAACACGGGUCUCAUCCCUCAAAACGUCUGCCGAGGAAGAUUAAGAUUGCCUCUUUUCACAGUCCCCCCCCCCCCCCCCCUUUUUUUGUGUGCGAUCGAAUCUUCUUUCGAGAUUGGGCUUCUUUGUCUGUGCGUCCAAAACCAGUUCGUUUUGGGUUCUGUCGUUAAUUUUUUUUUUUUGUGUUGAAAGGUCGUUGUUGUUUUUUCCGCUGGGCCGUUGUUGUGACGAAGGGGUGUGUGCUGCUCCACAGUACUGCGAUAGACGGGUGGAUGGACGAGAAAAACAGGGGGAAACGUGCUGCGCAUGCCAUCAAGUGGGUCGGGCGGUAGUCUCUAGGUGGCACCUGCUUGCUUAGAUCCCGACGCUGUUGCUGUGCGUGCGUUGUUCCGUGCUCAACAAAGCCGCCGCUCCCUCUGUUGUCGUGGUUGGGCUUCAAGUAUCUCGCUCUUGUUGCACAGCGGCGGAAAUCCGAUUUGCUGCGCGCACACGGUCGAUUUUGGCGGCGGUCGCUCACGACGUACAAUAGUAUAACAGCAGUACCGGGCGGGUGCAUGAUCGGCCACCGUAUUACUAGGAAAGGUAACUAAUCCAACACGUUUCAAG